ACAUCUUACAAUACUCGUGGCCAAUAUGCGUGCAACAAUUGGCAUGUAAAAAGAGCAGGACGCAUAACAGCAUCAAAAUUCAAAGCUGUCUGCAGAACUAAUAAAGAAUCCCUAUCAUUAUCUCUGAUCAAGAGCAUAUGCUACCCAGUAAAUGCAUCAUUUACAUCAAAAGCCACAGAUUGGGGAUUGCGCCAUGAAAAUGUUGCUGUGGGAGAGUAUCAGAAGCAGAUGGAAGAAAAACACGAGCAUUUCAGUGUAACAGAUGUAGGCAUAUUUGUGAGUUCAAAGUGGCCACAAUUGGGAGCAUCUCCAGACAGACUCGUAAGAUGUGAAUGCUGUUUGGGAGGAGGGUUGAAGGUGAAGUGUCCUUAUCUUCUUCAUACCAAAGGCACAAAGGAUAUAAAGGAAUAUGCGAGAAGUAAAAACAGUUGCAUCGAACUGAGGCAUGAUAAUACCAUAAAUUUGAAAAAAGAUCACACCUACUAUUAACAGGUACAGAUGCAAAUAUUUAUUUGUGAUUUAAAUUAUUGUGAUUUUGUAAUUUGGUCUCCGUUCCUUUUUUUUAAAGAAAGGGUAUUUCCAGAUUUGGAGUUUUUGAACCAAAAUUCCCAAAUCGCGCUGAAAUUUUACCGUGAAGUAAUUAUGCCUGAGCUCUUAGGAAGAUAUUUCACCCGAAGUGAAGGAAGCGAAGGUUAAUUAUUGGUGUACAUGUAAGGAUGUUGACGAUGGAACACCUAUGAUAAAUUGUCAAAAUGAUGAGUGUGAAACACAAUGGUUUCAUUUUACAUGUGUAGGGCCUACAGAAACCCCAAGCUGGCAAUGGUUUUGCGAUUCCUGUAAGCAAGAAUGAAACUACUCACACUCAUUCAUAUAUCGUCGCUCAGAUGUGAAAACCAUGUAUCUCAAAAAAGCACAAUUUUCAGGAAAUGAAGAAAACUCCUCAUAUCUUAAUCAAUUAUCUGUUUUAGUUCAAAUUUUGAUAAGUGGUUCAAUACUGUCUGUCACUAAAUCGAUAUACAAGGUUUUGGAAUCGAUGGAAAAUGAAUUAAUAGUCAGAAUUAUACUUGUAUCUCAAAAUCAGUGAAUUUUGAGAUACGAGGUUUUGACAUCUGAGCGACGAUAUGUUAACUCUUAGAUUUUCACUUAGAUAAUUGAUUCCACUUCAUGGAAUGUUACUAUUUUGGUGCAUGUAUUUAUGAUUAAU